AUGGGAAUUGAAGUUGAGGGCUUAAAAAACUUAACCGGAGGAUGGAGUGUUGCGGCCAAACGUUGCGACUCGUGCAAAACGGCUGCCGCUGCUGCUUUCUGCAGGGCGGACUCGUUUUUUUUGUGUCUGAAUUGUGACACCAAGAUUCACCAUAGCAAAAGCAUGUCCAGGCAUGAGCGUGUGUGGAUGUGUGAAGUUUGCGAGCAAGCACCAGCUGCGGUUACUUGCAAGGCUGAUGCAGCUGCUCUUUGUGUUACUUGUGAUGCUGACAUCCACUCUGCUAACCCUCUUGCUCGCCGUCAUGAACGCGUCACCGUCGAGCCUUUUUAUGACUCUGCUGAAUCAAUUGUUAAGACUUCCUGCGCGUUUAAUUGUCCAGUGCCUCCUGGUGAUCAAAAUGGUGUGUCUGGAUAUAAUCAGAACGAUGAAGUUGAGGGUGUUUCGUGGCUGUUGCUCGGUAAUCACACAACACAUGACCUUAAUUCCAAGCUCAACAUCGAGAAUCCUGUUGUGAAGGGUACCGCAGACAUGUUUUUCUCUGAAAUGGAUCCGUUUCUUGAUUUCGAGUAUCAGAAUUCCAUAGAUGGGAGCUAUGAGCACAACCAUGGCGGAGGUAGUGCUGGUGCUGAUAGCGUUGUGCCUGUGCAAGCCAAACCAGCUCCACUUCCUGUCAUCAAUCAUGAAAAUUGCUUCGAUAUUGAUUUUUGUAGAUCGAAACUCACCUCGUUCAGCUACCCAUCUCAGUCUCUUAGCCACAGCGUUUCUUCGUCUUCCCUGGAUGUUGGUGUCGUUCCUGAUGGGAAUUCUAUGUCCGAUAUAUCCUAUCCUUUCGGACGAAGCAUGAAUAGUAAUACCGAUCCAAGCAUGCCCGUCUCAGGUUCUACUACAAAUCAAGCAGCAGCUCAGUUAGUUGGCAUUGACCGUGAAGCCAGAGUUUUGAGGUACAGAGAGAAAAGAAAGAACCGAAAAUUCGAAAAAACCAUAAGGUAUGCUUCACGUAAAGCUUAUGCCGAAACCAGACCGAGAAUCAAAGGCCGAUUCGCAAAACGAACAGAAAUGGAUUCCGAUAUGGACAACCUAUAUAACUCUCAGACCUCUGUCCCCUUCAUGGCCGAUACCCAAUGUGGUGUCGUUCCCUCGUUUUGA